AUGCAAAGUGUUACAAUCUUUAAUUUCUUGUGGAAUCGUCUCCCAUAUUCCUGGGCCGGUGUGUUUCAAACUCAUGCAGAGUACUUUAAUUCUGGCUGGUGGGGCAUAGAAAAGUGGCGUGUGGCGUGUAGUUCUUGCUUGAAUGGAAGUUCCAAAAGUGAAAAAAGCCUCAGCAGCAUAUACAACAACAACAUCAACAACUACAACGGACAACAUCAACAACUGGACAUCAGUGUAAAGACAUUCCUGUAUGCAAAUGAAACAAUCGUUGAAGAUAACGCUGAAUUGCGACAUUCAAAAGACAUACAUCCGAACAAACAUUAUCCAAGGGGAUUAAAAUGCAUGAACACAUUAAAAGAAGAGAAAUUAACUAAGCAACGUUCUCGACUUGUUUAUUAUCCACCGGAUCAACAGAAAAGGAAAAGUGAAGUUACAUACAAAGCAAAGAACAUUUGGUCCAAAGAAAAAUAA